GGCCUGUUCACACGCGUAUCUGCCCUCAUUGGCUAGAAUGGUCCCACCUGAUAUCGCCCCCUCCCGCAUGCGUUCCAUCUUUGAGGACGUGUAUUUCCAUUGUGAGAGCGGGCACUCGAAUCUCUUGUCAAUAUAAUAGACAAUCUUUCAUAAUGUUCUCCCACCGCGCAUGCGCGUUCAUACCCACAUAAUGCAAAUAUCACUGCGCCACAACAAUUCGAUGUAGAUAGAGCUGCAGGAACGACGCAAACGCAUUGACGGAACUAGAAAACAGUCUAUGCAUUUUAAAUUACAAUUGAAUGCACAUAGUCAGAUUACCUCUCUGUUAUUUCUUCAUCCGACAUGUUCGAAAAACAUUCCCAGGCUGCAGAGUGGAGCGGAAAAUAUCCACCUCUCCCUCUACUAUACACCCCAAAGUUGACUUGCAAAAUACUCACCAUUCGGUGUCUAUAAACGGAAUAAACCCCCACUUUAGAUGUACAUUCUACCCUAACGAAGCUUUUUAUUGUAUCGAGGCCUUUCUGUCAGUUCCGGAAAGGGUUUAAAAUGCGGUAAAUAGCUUGACAUACCCAUUAUCCAGCAGACGUAGACCUUUUUUAAGAUCCGCAAGGGCUCAAGUGACCACAUGACUGCUCUCCGCCAACGGGACCGACGUGUGCAUGUUUUCGCUGGGGGCUUUUCUUGAAGACGACCGACAACUGGGUAUGUUUUCAAACCCAGCAAUAAACUGGAAGGAGACGUCACACAGCCGUAGGCUAGCUAGUUAGCUAGCUACUGUUAACGUUCCAAUAUUUAGGAAAUUACUGUUUAAAGUUACGUUGUUUUGUCUUCAUGAUCGAACACGAAUGAACAGGCAGAACCUGACAAGUAUUGAAAAAAGGUCCAUGAUGAGCGUUCUGGGCCGUUGCUGUCGUAGCUAGUCACACGGCGGGAGGGAGGGAGGGCGGCCAGGAUGGAGGACUGCAACAUGGCCAAACCUGGGACAGACCGAGAUGGAGCCAUGGUCGGGAAGAAGAGCAAAGAUAAGAUUUCCCCGUUCACCAAGACUCUGAAGCUGGACCGGAGUAAGUUGCUGGUGGGGAAGGAUGGGAAACCACCCAAGACUCUGAAACUGGACCGGAGUAAGUUGCUGGUGGGGAAGGAUGGGAAACCACCCAAGACUCUGAAGCUGGACCGGAGUAAGUUGCUGGUGGGGAAGGAUGGGAAACCACCCAAGACUCUGAAACUGGACCGGACUGAGUUGCUGGUGGGGAAGGAUGGGAAACCACCCAAGACUCUGAAACUGGACCGGAGUAAGUUGCUGGUGGGGAAGGAUGGGAAACCACCCAAGACUCUGAAGCUGGACCGGAGUAAGUUGCUGGUGGGGAAGGAUGGGAAACCACCCAAGUCUUCCAUGAAACGCAAACUGUCCUUCACCGAGGAGAGACACUCAGACGCAGAUGAGUCAGACCCAGAGCAGUCCACUGAGUCCUGGGGAGAGUGUGAGGGGAGGUUAGUGCCUCCCUGCAGGAUGUUCUCAGCAGAUAAAGACGGCCCGGAUAAGAAGAAAAACAAGAAGGAGUCUGGGGGAAGUAAGAAGGUCCCGGUCAAUCUUCUGUUUGGCUACCCGCUGUCGGAACGCAAGCAGAUGGCCCUACUGAUGCAGAUGACCGCCAGGGACAACAGCCCAGACUCGACCCCCAGCCACCCGUCCCAGGCCCCCCCGGUGCAGAAGAAGCCCCCCAGCAGCUCGGCCUCCAGAGCGAGGGACAAGGUGAACAAGAGGAACGAGCGUGGCGAGACGCCGCUACACAUGGCGGCCAUACGAGGGGACGCCGAGCAUGUCAAGGAGCUCAUCAGCCUCGGGGCUGACGUCAACAUUAAAGACUUCGCAGGCUGGACGCCCCUUCACGAGGCGUGUAACCUUGGUUUCUACGACGUGGCGAAGGUUCUGAUCGCGGCCGGCGCAGAAGUCAACACCCAGGGUCUGGAUGACGACACGCCGCUCCACGAUGCCUCCAGUAGUGGACAUACAGACAUUGUGAAGCUGCUGCUGAGACACGGAGGGAAUGCGUUCCAGGCCAACAGGCGAGGGGAGCGCCCCGUAGACGUAGCUGAUUCCCAGGAGCUGAAGCUCCUCCUAAAGGGAGAGGUGCCCCUCUCAGACGCAGAGGAUAGCUCCUCAGAGUCAGAAGGCCCUCUGUCGGUGAACCCCUCCAGUGUGGACGUUGAUGACGACAACCUGGAUGACUCUGACGUGGAAAAGGACUCUGACGGAAAGCAGAGCACCGUGAAGGCCUCAUCCUCCAUGUCUGGCCUGGACGAGUAUGAGUUCAAAGACGAGGAGGAAGAGGAGGACCUGAGUAAAGCCCUGAACGACCGACACAUCCUCCGGAGAGAGCUGAGGCAGAGGGAGAAAGAGGAGAAGGAGAGGAAUCAUUUGGCGAAACAGAGCGGUAAAGGGAACGGGAGUGGCUCGGUCCAGUCCUCUAAGUCUAAGAAGACAAAGACGUCGUCACGUGUUCGCUACUGCAGCUCGGAUAGUUCCAGUGAUGAGAUGGAGAUGCCAACAGAGAGAAGGAGCUCUCCGACCUGCUCCAAUGGCUCUGAGGGACACAAGGCGUCAGACGCCAGCAGGACUAAGAAGGAGAACGUCGGCAGCCUCACGACUUCCGAACAGAAAGACAAAAGCAGCAAAGUCAAGAAGAAGAACAAGAGCAAGAACAAGGAGAACCAGGAGGACGGGAAGGAGAACAGCAAAGCUCUGGUGUCGGAGACACACACGGACAAGAACAGCCGAGGACUCUGUGGGGACGAGGACUCGUUCAAGAUCUCCUUCAGUCCCAAGGACGACUCGUCCGUCCACCUCUUCCACCUGUCCGCCACCGUCAACUCCCCCAAGCUCAACUACGGCCUGGCCGACAAGCAGCCGUCCUCUAACCCGCUCAAACAGGAGAACGCCAAGAUGACGUGCGUCUCGAUUGCCGAAGGCCCCUGUCCGCCGGAUGGUGUCAAGUACAACCACUACAACCCAGAGUCCGAGUUCUGCACGGAAAGCUCCAGUAGUAAGGGCUGCAAGCACAAGGAGAAGAGCAAGCACCACCAGAAGGACGUCACCGUGGACUGUAGUGUUGGUGGUGGGGGGGUGGAUGGAGGCUCCAGUCUGAAUAAUAAAGAAGGCAGCGUUGCCAACAGUGUGGACAGCUCUGAGGGUGGUGCCUUACAGAAGAUGGACAAAGAUGGCAAAGUGGUCAAAAAGCAUAAACUAAAACACAAGGAGAAGGACAACCACAUCGGGGAGUAUGAGGCGGACAGGGAGAGGAACCGCCACCGGCAGAAGGAGGGAGGCAGGAAGGACGGCCACAGGAACCUGGAGUUCGACAGGGAGUUCUGGAAAGAGAACUUCUUCAAUGAUGACGAACCUCUGCCUCCAGGGAAAAUGGAGAGCGAGACCGAGAGGGAGGACGGCAGAUCUCCUCAGAAGACCUCGACAUCGGACGGCAGAUCUCCUCAGAAGACCUCGACAUCGGACGGCAGAUCUCCACAGAAGACCUCGACAUUGGACGGCAGAUCUCCUCAGAAGACCUCGACAUUGGACGGCAGAUCUCCUCAGAAGACCUCGACAUCGGACGGCUCUCCUGAAGAGAGAGGGACGAAAGAAAAACGCCUCUCUAGCAGCAAGGAGACGAGGAGAGAGGAGCAAGAUAAGGAUAAAGACAAGGUGGUGAUGAAAGAGAGGAAGGAAACAUCUGCUGUCUGUAAAGAGGAGAAGGGAGGAAAGGAUGGGAAGCCCAGUGAGCUUGAGGAGAGGACAGAGUGCCUCAGCUCCAGCUCUGGACGGACUACCUCUGUUCCUGACGAGUCACAGCAUAACGCUGCAAGCGUGAAAGAUGAACUGGAGGAUAAACCAGUAACGGGGACCAUGUCUGCGGCUGAUCUAGACCAACUGGAUGCCUCUGAGAAAGACCAGCGGGACAAAUCCGACAGGAGGCCUUCUGUAAAGGAACGGGAGACCGAAAAGACUGAUAAAAAGCAUCCCGAUAAGGAGAAGAAGGUCAAGAUGGAGCACCUGGAGAAAUCAGAGAAUUCACAGAAUUCCAUGGAUCGCUGGAGGGAGAAGGAGAGGGUGGCGUCUGGCUCGUCUCAUUCGUCCCCUGGUGACAAGAACCACAAAGAGAGCGAAAAGCUCAGAGCCUCGUCCACAAAAAAACACGAGGAGAGCAAGGACAAGAAGAGCAAAGAGAAGCCAGAUAAAAGGAGCUGCAGGGAGAGGGAGUACAGCGGAGGAGAGAACAGAGACAGGAUAGGCUGGGACAACAAAGGAAAACCACCUUCGGAGAAAUUCACUGAUCACAGUAAAUCGGAAAAGGACAAAGACAAAGACUGCGAUAAGAAGAAAAGGGAAAUAUCUAAAGACGGCUCAUUUUCCUCCAGCUCUAACCUGAAGCUCCCAUUGGAAGAGAAGAAAGGCUACGUGUCUGAAAGUGGCAAGACCACACAAGCAAAACUACUAAAGGAGGAAGUCCCAGAGAAAGACGGAGACCGACGAGACAGAGAAUCCAGAGACUCUGACCGGCACAGAGAUCGGGACAAGGACAAAGAGCGUCUCAAGGGCGACAAGGACCGUUCCAAGGAGGUUAGCAAGGCCUCUAAGACCAAACCCAACGAGACCGAGACUGACCGAGACAACAGGUCCAAAGCUAAAGCCUCGCCUGCCACCCGGGAAGAGAAGCGGCCCAAAGAGAAACGUCUGGUCAAUGAGGACCUGAGGCAGACCAGCUUCGAACGCAUGCUGAGUCUGAAGGACCAGGAGAUUGAACAGUGGCACCGGAAGCAUCUAGAAAAGAUCAAACAGAAGGAGAGGGAGAGGAUGAAACAACGACCCUCCUCUACGACGACAGACCCAGGGAAGCUCAAAAGCAAAGCCAAGACGAUGUCCUUGUCUUCUGGAGAACAGUGUUCGAGCAAAGAACUGCUUCGCUCCGAAGGCUCUGGCGACGCUCACGGCCGGGACCUUGACAAACCCAUGAAGGAGAUUACCAGCUCCAGGACCAUGUCCCUGGACGGGAAGAUACUCUCAUCCCUCAGUGGGAAGUUGAUGCCUGGUAUGGAGAACAGCUUGAGCAGGUCCCCCAGGCCGGAGAGCGAGCGGUCGGGUCUCAUGUCCAGGUCCGUGUCCAUGUUCUCUGUGGCCAGUUCUGAGGAUUCCUGUCAGGCAACCAUGCUGACGCCGAGACCCGUAGAGUACGACUCGGAUAUGACCCUGGAAGCCUCCCAGGACUCUCAGCCGCCUUUCCUCCAGUGUUCCCUCCUCUCACGGUCUAGAUCGCCUGCCGUUCACGACAAAGACUACAACGGUCUUCCAGACUCGGUGCAAGGUAACAGAACUCCGCUGCAGAGCCGACACACUUCCCCCUACCUUAUGGCUAUUCUGGAUGAGGACGCAAACUCUGCGACGGCAGGUAAACCUUUUGAAACUCUGUCAAAGGCCAGUGUGGUGCCAGCUGCUCAACCCAGUGAAGAGCCUUCAAGUGUUCAGCUUCUUUCAGAAACCUGUGCAGAUCCAGAGGAGAGCCAGAGUCAAAGGGGUCCUACUCAGAUGCUUCCAAAUUUCCCUAAUGCAAGAGCCGAUGCAGAUCUCAACACUGAGAGUGAAGGGAACACCACUCCAAGAACAGAUGCAGAUCUCAACACUGAGAGUGAAGGGAACUCCGCUCCAAGAACAGACGCGGAUCUCAACACUGAGAGUGAAGGGAACACCGCUCCAGGUGUCCAUCUCCCACCUCAAGUGUCCAACACCGGAGACCCUCACGUAAAGGACUCCUCAACACUUCAGCAGGCUGGUGUCCCACAGCUAGCAACACCAGCACAGAGAGGGUCUUCUUCCACCUCUGACCCUCUCCUAAUACGGGACGUACGGUGUAUCCCUGUAGAGACCUCCAGUGCGGAGCCUGAAUGUAGUAGGAAGGAGCUGCCCUCUGAGGACACGGUGGCGUCGUCAUCUCUCUCCUCUCGACCACCGUUCUCAUCUCUCUCUGCUAGCCAGUCAUGGCAAACCCUUCCAAACGCCAGUAUGGUGACCUCCCAGCAGAUGCAGACGGAGACUGAUCCAUCUCUGGCUCUCGAUCCUAAAGAUAAAGCUCCAGUUGAGAGUGCAGCCAGCAGCGCUGAAAACAGAGCAGCUGUAGAGGGCCUUGAGAGUGCGUUAGUAGCGUCUAGACAGGUAUGGAUGGACAACCCAGUAGCGUCCACCAGCGCACACACACCACCCAGUGCUAGCACAGAGGAGUCUGUGCAGAGUGCUGGUAGACCCAAUGAAUCUCAAGAGGACAUGGACACUAACGCAAGCAUUCAGGACUGUAAGCAAUCCAGAUUCUCCGGUGACGACGUCGGUUCCGGUGAUCCUCGGCCGGACAAAAACGAUAAUGCUAGCCAGCAUACACCAUCCACCGUGUCGCGCUGCCCGAGCCCUGAACACAAAUCAGAAGAAACUUCUGAUGCACCCGACUGCGCAUUGGAGAAGAACAGGGAUCCUGAGGCCAUGUCAACAGGAAGGGUUAGUUGUUGGUCUUCAUCAGAGGGCAGCAAUAUGGUCACCGUCCCAGAGGUGAAAUCAGAGCCAUGCCCAGAGCCAAUGGAUGUGGCUUCUAUCUCCGAGGAGAGAUCAGAAGGACAGACUCUCUUGACUGCUGGAUCAGACCAGACCCAGAGUGCUUGUGGACAGUGUAGUAACUACCAGCAGGGCUCCCAGACAGACCCGAGUGGUAGUGGUGGUAGUUACAGCAGCAGUGGGGUCUCUGCUAGCUCUUCGCCCCAGUCAGGGGACAGAGACUCUGACUCCUCCGGGGCUAAGGCCAAGGUCCGCUCCCUAACCAUAGAGGAGGGCCAGGACGUCCAGCAGACCCACCCCAGGAAGAGGAAAAUGCCCAGGACGUCUACUUCAAACCAGGCCAGAGGCAGCACACAACAGGGGAAGGAGACGCCUCAGCAGUCUCUGGCGGCCAUCGUUGACUCUCUGAAGCUGGAGGAGAUUGAGCCGUACCAGACAGAGAGGGCCAACCCUUACUACGAGUUCCUGCACAUCCGCAAGAAGAUCGAGGAGAAGCGCAAAGUGCUGCUGAGCGUCAUUCCCCAGCCGCCGCAGUAUUACGACGAAUACGUGACGUUUACAGGAUCUUACCUGCUAGACGGGAACCCGCUCGGCAAACUCUGUAUUCCAACAAUAACUCCCCCUCCGUCUCUGCCAGACCAACUGAAGGAGAUGUUUAAGCAACAGGAGGUUGUUCGUAUGAAGCUGCGCUUGCAACACAGCAUUGAACGGGAAAAGUUAAUAGUCUCCAACGAGCAGGAGGUGUUACGAGUUCACUACCGGGCUGCCAGAACGCUAGCCAAUCAGACGCUCCCGUUCAGUGCGUGCACCGUGCUAUUGGACGCAGAGGUGUACAACAUGCCUCAGGAUGCCCAGGCAAGUGGCAUGAUGUCACGUACUGUAGAAUCCGGUGACCAAGAUGGCAAGACGUCGGUGAGGGAUCGUUUCAACGCCCGGCAGUUUAUGUCCUGGUUGCAAGAUGUGGACGACAAGUUUGAUAAACUCAAGACGUGUUUGCUGAUGCGGCAGCAGCAUGAGGCAGCAGCUCUAAAUGCUGUACAGCGUCUCCACUGGCAGCUGAAACUCCAGGAGCUGGAUCCAGCCAUGUACAAGUCCACCUCCAUCUUCGACAUACCCGAGUUCUACAUCCCCCUGGUAGAGGUCAACGACGACUUUGACCUCACGCCCAUAUGACCUGUGACCCCUGACUAUCUACCUCUAACAGGGAUGAAGUGAUGGAGGGGUCACGUGGGGAGAAGAAAGAAAGGUGAAGCUCUGAAGUUGACGGAACAUGGGUGUGUUGGUGAGCGCACCACUCUUGGGUGUGUGUUAGUGAGAGCACCACUCUUGGGUGUGUUAGUGAGAGCACCACUCUUGGGUGUGUUAGUGAGAGCACCACUCUUGGGUGUGUUAGUGAGAGCACCACUCUUGGAUGUGUGUUAGUGAGAGCACCACUCUUGGGUGUGUUAGUGUGAGCACCACUCUUGGGUGUGUGUUAGUGAGAGCACCACUCUUGCGUGUGUGUUAGUGUGAGCACCACUCUUGCGUGUGUGUUAGUGUGAGCACCACUCUUGGGUGUGUUAGUGAGAGCACCACUCUUGGGUGUGUGUUAGUGAGAGCACCACUAUUGGAUGUGUUAGUGAGAGCACCACUCUUGGGUGUGUGUUAGUGAGAGCACCAGUCUUGGGUGUGUGUUAGUGAGAGCACCACUCUUGGGUGUGUGUUAGUGAGAGCACCACUCUUGGGUGUGUUAGUGAGAGCACCACUCUUGGGUGUGUUAGUGAGAGCACCACUCUUGGGUGUGUGUUAGUGAGAGCACCACUCUUGGAUGUGUGUUAGUGAGAGCACCACUCUUGGGUGUGUUAGUGUGAGCACCACUCUUGGGUGUGUGUUAGUGAGAGCACCACUCUUGCGUGUGUGUUAGUGUGAGCACCACUCUUGCGUGUGUGUUAGUGUGAGCACCACUCUUGGGUGUGUUAGUGAGAGCACCACUCUUGGGUGUGUGUUAGUGAGAGCACCACUAUUGGGUGUGUGUUAGUGAGAGCACCACUCUUGGGUGUGUGUUAGUGAG